AUGGCUAAUCCUCAAGCUUCUCCAAUUCUCCAUCACCAGAAUCACCUCUCUCUUUUCCAUUUCCGAACUCGUCACUCCUUCACCUCUCUGCAUUUCAAUAAGCCUCUGCUCUUUCUCCCUUCUUCUUCAUUUCCAUCGCAGAGCGAGCAGCAAUGUAAUCACCAGGUGAGACGUGUCUCCACCGUGCCUGUGGAGUAUUCGACACCGACUCCUCCGGAAUCCGACGAUUUCUUAUCGGAAAUCGAUCGGCUUAAGUCUCUCCGAUCCAAACUAGACGUUUCCAAGGACAUGCGGAGGAAGGAAGUGGUUAUCGAUGCUGAUUCAACAGUUCGUCGAUUCUUCAGCGAGAAUCGAGGCGGUUUAUCUAAGGUUUUGGGUUCAAUUGGUUUGAAUUCGAAAGAGAUGUUUCUCGUCAAGUGUGUGAUCGCCGCGGGGCAAGAACACGCGUUUUGUGUGGGAUAUGAGGAAGCGUUUGAAGAAGAAGAGGAGUAUACAGUGAGAAGUUCAGUGAAGAGCGCACUUUACGCGUUGGUUGAGAUGAUUGAGCGAUUCGAUGUGAAUAGUAGCGGAUAUAAAGGUAGAAGAGAGACGAGUACAGUUUUAGGUAAAGAGGAGAUUGCUCACUUUAGAAAGUUGUUGACGUUUUUGGAAGAAAUUGAACAGUUCUACGACUGCAUUGGAGGAAUUAUCGGGUAUCAGGUUAUGGUUCUAGAGCUUCUUCACCAAUCGACUAAGAGGCAUAAUACUAACCGGUCACAUCUUGUGGAAGGAUCUUUGGGUGUCCAGUACUUAGAAAUGCACACUCCUAACGUUCUUGACCUCACUCAGAGUAAAGAGUAUGCCUCUCAGGCGGCACUAUGGGGAAUUGAGGGAUUGCCAGACCUAGGUGAAAUAUAUCCGCUAGGAGGUGCAGCAGACAGAUUAGGUUUGGUUGAUUCAGAAACAGGAGAAUGUCUUCCUGCAGCUAUGCUUGCUCAUUGUGGACGAACUUUGUUGGAGGGACUUAUUAGAGACCUUCAGGCUAGAGAGUUCCUUUACUUCAAACUUUAUGGAAAGCAAUGUGUCACACCUGUUGCCAUUAUGACAAGUUCUGCAAAGAACAACCAUGAGCAUGUAAGUUCGCUUUGUAAGAGGCUCAAAUGGUUUGGAAGGGGUCAAUCAAAUUUCCAACUCUUUAAACAGCCUCUGGUCCCAGCUGUCAGUGCUGAAGAUGGCCAAUGGAUAGUAUCAAAGCCUUUUGUGCCAGUUAGUAAACCUGGUGGUCAUGGUGUGAUUUGGAAAUUGGCGCAUGACAAAGGUGUCUUUAAAUGGUUCUACGAUCAUGGAAGAAAAGGUGCAACUGUUCGGCAAGUUAGUAAUGUUGUGGCUGCCACAGAUGUGACCCUGUUGGCCCUUGCUGGGAUUGGUUUAAGGCAUAAGAAGAAACUUGGGUUUGCAUCCUGUAAAAGGAAUGCUGGAGCAACUGAAGGAAUUAAUGUAUUGAUGGAGAAGAAGAAUCUUGAUGGGAAGUGGGAAUAUGGUAUUUCGUGCAUUGAGUACACUGAAUUUGAUAAAUUCGGAAUCUCCAACAAAUCACCUUCCUCAAAUAGUUUGCAGGCUGAUUUCCCUGCCAAUACAAACAUUCUGUAUGUAGACUUACAUUCUGCCGAGUUAAUUGGGUCGAGCAGUAAUGUAAAAAGUUUGCCAAAUAUGGUUCUCAAUACAAAGAAGCGAAUUGAGUACAUUGAUCAGUAUGGAGACUAUCACAGCGUUAUGGGUGGUAGAUUGGAGUGCACGAUGCAAAACAUAGCAGACAAUUUCUCAAAUAAGUUUCCAUCUAGAUGCCAGGGCAGUCUAGAAGACAAACUGGAUACAUAUAUUGUAUACAAUGAACGAAGAAGAGUCACUUCAUCAGCUAAGAAGAAGAAACCACAUGCAAGUGCUGCAUUACACCAGACUCCAGAUGGUGCAUUGUUGGAUAUACUCCGGAAUGCAUAUGACCUCCUUACGGAAUGUGAUAUUAAACUUCCCAUGAUUGAAUCAAAUGAUAAAUAUGUGGAUUCCCCACCUCCGUAUCUCAUCCUACUGCAUCCUGCUCUCGGUCCUCUUUGGGAAGUUUCAAGACAGAAAUUCAAGGGAGGGUCUAUUUCCAGAUUCUCAGAGCUGCAACUAGAGAUUGCAGAGUUCUCAUGGAACAAUGUUCAGGUUGAUGGUAGCUUGAUCAUCACUGCUGAGAAUGCUAUGGGUUCGACAACAAUUAACGAAAAUGGUGAACCAAUAUUACAAUACGGACUAAGGUGUGGCAAGUGUAAACUGCAUAACGUCAAGGUAGUGAACCGAGGUAUCGAUUGGAACAGUAAAUCAAAUGUUUACUGGAGAAACGAUGUGAACCGGCUUGAGACUUGUAAAAUCAUAUUGCACGGAAAUGCAGAAUUUGAAGCCAGCAAUGUAACUAUACAGGGAAACCAAGUUUUUGAAGUACCAGACGGUCACAGACUGAAGAUCACACGAGGAAAUUCAGGUUUCGUCAUGAACUUGGAAGCAAUGAAAGGAGAUGUAAUGGAAACAGGAAGCUGGUAUUGGAACUACCAACUAAAUGGAUCUCACAUUCAUCUUGAACAAGUACAGGUUUCACUAAACUAA